AUGAUACUCUCUAUCAAUGUUACUGCAGAUCAUUUGGUUGCAGUGCAUUUAGUUGACUCCCAUCUUUGCAGUGACCCUGCAAAGUAUGUCAGUGCAUUGCUUCUCUCUUUAUCAACCAUGAUACAUAUGGAACUCCCACACAUAAAUGUCCUGUCUAAGAUUGAUUUGAUACAGAACUAUGGAGAGCUAGCUUUCAAUCUUGAUUUCUAUACUGAUGUUGAGGAUUUAUCUUAUCUUCAAAACAGUCUUGAUCAGGAUCCUCGCUCAGCUAAAUUCAGAAAGCUUACCAAGGAGCUCUGUGGAGUCAUAGAAGACUACAGUCUUGUCAGCUUUACAACCUUAGAUAAUAAGGACUUGAACCAAGAUGGCUAUGAGAGGCUUCAACUUUUAUGGGGGAGCUUCAACUUGGCAGGAAGAGUGUCAAUAUUUUGGAGAAUGAAAUAG